GAAUCAUCAACGCUUGAGAGGAUAACACACACCAGAAACCGAUAAGGGACACGAAACAGGGGAAUCCGGAGCAAAGUGCGACGCGAGCGCGCGAGGAAGCAGCAGCCAUGGCGCUCUCCCUCUCCACCUCCUUCCUCCCGACCCAAGCCGCCGCGGCGGCCACGAGGACCACCCUCCGCUCCCUCGUCCCCUCCCAGAGGAUGCGGUGCUCGAUGCGGAAGAAGGGGCUGCACCCGGAGAUCUACGAGGACGCGAAGGUGUACUGCAACGGGGAGCUGGUGCUGGUGACGGGGGGAACCAAGCCGGAGUACACGGUGGACGUGUGGUCGGGGAACCACCCCUACUACGUCGGCGACACGUCGGCGAUGGUCGUCAUGGACAGCCAGAUCGAGAAGUUCCGCAAGAAGUGGGGCCACAUCAAGGAGUACUGGCCCGAGGACCAGUGGAGGGAGAUGCACCCCGACGGCGACCCGGAGUUCGACCCGGAGGAGGAGGGAUCCGCCGGCGCCAGCUGAGCCCCCGCUUCGCCUCUCGCCUCCGCCGCCGGCCUCGCCGGUGCGGUUUCUCUUGGUUGAUUUUGGGAAUUGCGUAAAAUGGAUUAGCUCCUCUUGCUUGCGCCUCUCGUUACACGUGCAUUCGCAUUGCUCUCUAGGUGUUCGAUCGGUGUUCUCAGUGGAUACGUGUGAUCAUAUUUGUGGUAUCGAACUGUUUGUUCUCUGCCUGUACUCUUUGACAUCGAUAUAAAAUGGAGAUAUUGCAAUUUGCACACUCUGUAAUUGGACAUUUCCAA